GAUUGUCCUCUUUUUUCAACGAAAAUGGCUUCUGGCCAAAGACAAGAAGAAGAACGAUCAUGGCUUUUGGAGAACGGUAAUCCAAAGAUCUUGAACAAGGAAUCAAGACACGGACAUGGCCGUAGCCGAAGAGCGCACAACAUUUCUUCAGCUUCAUUCCGAAAAAAAUCCAAAUUUACUCUCGUCUCCAAUAUUCGCUGGGAUUCGCUUAGGAAUGUCUUGGCUAACAUCCAAGAGGUUAUUCUUGGUACAAAGCUUUCCAUUCUCUUCUGCGCCAUUCCUGCUGCAAUCUUAGCUCAUUACUUUCGCGUUGGAAGAUCAUGGAUUUUCAUAUUGAGCUUACUAGGGCUUACUCCACUUGCUGAACGUGUGAGCUUUCUUACAGAACAAAUUGCUUUCUUCACCGGUCCUACAGUUGGAGGACUUCUUAAUGCAACAUGUGGGAAUGCUACAGAACUCAUAAUUGCAAUAUUUGCUCUUAGCACCAACAAAAUUGCUGUUGUCAAGUUUUCUCUUUUGGGUUCCAUUCUUUCAAACCUUCUUCUUGUUCUUGGAAGUUCUCUACUUUGUGGUGGCAUUGCAAAUCUUAGAGUGGAGCAAAAAUACGAUAGAAGACAAGCAGAUGUGAACUCACUGAUGCUGCUAUUGGCAUUGUUAUGCCUUUCGCUUCCAAUGCUAUUCACAUACAGUGCUGCAUCGCCUGAACUCACCGUAGAGCCUUCACUGUACUUGUCAAGAGCUUCUAGCAUUGUGAUGUUGGCUGCAUAUUUUGCUUACUUGAUCUUUCAACUAUGGACACAUAGACAAUUAUUUGAAGCUGUAGAUGAAGGUGAAGGUGUGAACAAUGAAGCAGAAGAAGAGGCUGUGAUUGGAUUUUGGAGUGGAUUUGCUUGGUUGGCUGGAAUGACUGUGUUCAUUGCUUUGUUGUCUGAAUAUGUGGUGGACACAAUUGAGGAUGCAUCAGAUUCGUGGGGUUUAUCCGUCAGCUUCCUCAGCAUAAUCUUGCUACCAAUAGUUGGUAAUGCAGCUGAACACGCUGGAGCAAUCAUUUUCGCUUUCAAGAACAAGCUCGACAUUUCUUUAGGUGUUGCAUUGGGCUCUGCAACUCAAAUUGCCAUGUUUGUGGUUCCACUAUGUGUUACUGUUGCUUGGGGAAUGGGUGUGAAUAUGGACCUAAACUUCAACCUCCUUGAGACAGGUUCUCUUGCUGUGGCAAUCAUAGUCACAUCAUUCACUUUACAGGAUGGUACUUCUCACUACAUGAAAGGUGUUAUUCUCCUACUCUGCUACUUUGUCAUUGGUGCUUGCUUCUUUGUACAAAGAUUUCCCAGUUACCCAAAUGAAUUUCACACUCUUAAAUCAGGGAUUGAUUCAGUUACAUAGUGCCUAAUAGGGUUUGGCCUAUUUUGGUUCCUUCCAUGAAUGAAGGAUGGUAGCAUAUAUCCAAACUAAAAUGCAGAUUCAAUAUUGGUUAUUGGUUCAUUUCAAACAUUUUGUCACAUAUAGAUAGGAGGGAGGAAAACGUUUGCAAUGGAAAAUUUCAUUGCAAGCUUUGUGAAUAGGCCUCUAAAAUUUUAAAUCAUAUAUUUUGUUUCCUAUUUGUAUAGGAUUGAUGUGUAAAAAAUAAGAAUAAGAAAUGUAUACAUAACUGGCAAGAUAUUUAUACACUAUAUAAUUAAUUAUAUGUAAUUAAUUACAUCUUA